AUGGAAAACCAAACAAGUGCAAGUGAGUUUGUUCUCUUGGGACUUACAAGUGACCCACACCUUCAAAGCCUCCUCUUCUUUGUGUUUUCAGUUAUUUAUUUCAUCACUCUCUUUGGAAAUAUGGUGAUCAUGAUUGUGAUAAGUACUGAUCCCCACCUUCUCUCCCCUAUGUACUUUUUCCUUUUUCACUUAGCCCUCACAGACAUCUGUUAUGCCACCACCAUUGUUCCUUAUAUGCUGGUGAAUUUCCUAGCGAAGCAGAAAACCAUUGACUUCAGUGCCUGUAUUAUCCAGAUGUCCUUAAUCCUUCUCUCAGCUGGUAGUGAAAUUUUCAUGCUCUCAGCAAUGGCAUAUGACCGAUACGUUGCCAUCUGUAAACCACUACACUACCAAGAGGUUAUGAACAAACUUGUCUGUAGCCAGCUAGUGGGGGGUGCAUGGGCAAUGGGGUUCUUACACUCCAUUAUAAACACACUGCCGAUGCUAAAUGUGCAAUUCUGCAAGUACACAGAAAUUAAGCAUUUCAGCUGUGAGUUGCCUCCUCUCUUAACUGCAGCUUGCGGUAGGACCUUCCUCAAUAAACUUGUUCUUCUGUCUUCUGCUGUGAUCUUUGGGUCAAGCUCCUUUCUUCUCACUCUCAUCUCCUAUAUCUAUAUCAUCUCUACUGUCCUGAAGAUACAGUCUGCAAAGGGGAGGCACAAAGCUUUCUCCACUUGCAGCUCCCACCUCAUCAUAGUGGUUUUGCUAUACACAACUGCUCUGUUCCAGUACACAAAACCCAUUUCAGUCUCAGCAUUCAUUCUAGAUCAACUGUUUUCCAUCCAAUACAGCAUUUUAACCCCCAUGCUAAAUCCCAUCAUCUACAGCCUGAAAAACAAUGAUGUGAAAACAGCUUUGGGCAGAAUGUUAGGGAAAAUUCAAGUUUCGCAAUCAGUGUAA